AUGAAGCUAUUAGUGGUUUUGUUGUUGUCUGCCUCUCUGUGUUCAGCAGUUGAGCGGCGUAACAACUCACUUGUGAGUACCGUUGUAAGACUGGUUACACAAAGGUCUGAGUACAAGCAAGGCAAUGCUGAAAAUGCACGUGUUACUCAAGCGCCGUUGGUAAAAGUGCAUUUGAAGAAGGUACUGCUUCCAACGAUGAUGCAUGGUGCUAUGAAAAACGACAUCACCGAACGAUUAGUAGAACGUGCUGGUGAAAUGGAUAGUGAUAAUGAUCGUUCAAGGGCUGCUAUAAAGGAUACAAUCCAGGCUGUGGACGACCUCGAGUCUUUAUCAGGUGAAGAAUUGAACCGAUUGAAAGCUCACAACUUUACUGAACGGGAGUACAAGAGAUUAUUUGGUGAUUCUUACGAACCACGCCGUCGCUUUGCUGAUAUCAUGCUGAACCCAUUCGGAUUAUCGGAUUAUGCAGUAAUACCUAAUAGACCAAUGCCAGGGUCUCCGGAGCCUUAUGCACUGCUAGAGCGAAAUAAGCUCAAACCAUCGGAAUUGGUUGAUGAAGAUGCUGAGAGAGCAUUCUUGCUAAGACAAGGAUCGUCGAGGCUUCCUGCGGCGUCAAAUUAUCGCAAUAAUAAAAUAGGAGCUCUAUUAGAAUGGCCAGCAAACGAGAAGUUAGCGCAACUAGAAGAUGGAUACGAUCGUUCUGGAGCUUAUGCCAUUGUACACAUCUCCGGUGUACCACGAUGGUUUGAAAGAGGAAGAUUCUAUGAUGUUAAUCGCAUACAACAGCAAGUUGGUGCCAAUGUCUAUCUACACAGAGUCGCCUUCUUUCAAUCAGAAGAGGGUUGGUAUGUGCAUGGUGAACCAUAUUUAGAAAAUGUUCGUAUACGAUGCAAGGUACUCAAGCAUUUCAGGGGUCCUAAACAAGUCACGCUAAAAUUCAGAUCAAAGAAACAUUAUAAAAGGAAAUUAGGCUUUCGACCUGAACUUACCCGUCUAAAGGUAGAGGAAUUCGACUUAUUGCCACUUGGGCAACGAUGGGUUGAUGUUGAUCCUAUAUACACUCCUUUGACGAGGAUAGAACAGUUGAGAAAACCAAGUUUAGAACUACCAAAACUCAAAAGGAAUACCAUAUAUAGAUUAACUGAGACUGAAAAACGUAUGCUAGAGGGUGACCCUUUAGCACAUUUCGAUCCGGUUUACAACAGAAUGUUUAUCGAAGAUCGAGUUAUGCUGUUAUAA